UAACAAGAUCACACAUGACUAUAUUUAGGCUUACACAUUGAGAAAAUUUGAUGAGUCAAAGUGCUUAGAUGAACAAUUCCAAAAGUCAAAAGUGAACGAAUAUAGCGGGACGGAGGGAGUAAUUUCUAAGAACAGCUUGCAUUUUCUCCACAUCGUGUUUUUCUACGGAGUAUUUUUUACAGUUAACAUUUAAAAAAAAGAAAAGAAAAAAGAGAGCAGCCCUUGACACCUCGAGGAAGAGAUAGUCUGAUAGUGCGCGCCACUACGCUAGCAUUUGAGAGAGAAACACACUGCAAAACCUCCAGGUAGAGAUUAAUGGCGAACAAUUCAAGUUCCGCUUCAAAUACAGAUCUUCAUGGCAUUCUUCAAGCCAUCAAAUCGUCGGACGUUGUCGAGAAUCGUGUUCAAUUGCUUAAAGAAGUUGGAGAGUUGAACAUAACAGAGAUAUCUGAAGUGGAAUCUCUUAUUGACUCUCUUCAAUCAUUGUGUUUUGCUGAUGCCCAGAAAUUUGUCUUGAAUUUUACCUGCCUAGACAUAUCUCAGUGCACACUAAAUAAGACCAUUUUGCAAGUUGGGGCAAAAUAUCUUGAUUUGGAUAUAUCUGGAAAUCUGGGGCAAAUAAUGGGUUUAGGAGCAAAGGCUGCCAUAUGGUGUAGAAAGCAUCUUAAGAUGACAGUUAUGUCUACCGGCCAAGAUUCACAAGAUGAACAUGACAACCUCUUUUAUCAGUUGCUUUUGGAUUUGCUGGGCUAUGCUUCCUCUAGCUUUUCAGCUUUAACCAGAUAUCCUAUUGCGGAUAACAAAGAUUUGAUAACUGUUGUUGAGAGUUUCAUUUUGGAGCAAAUGAACCUGAUAAGGGAUUCCAUUUCGGAGAUGAAGACGCUUUCUGUGUUUGGAUCCGAAAUGCAAAAGAUGGUGCAAGAAGUCCUUGAUUCAUUGAUGCGACUAUGCAGGGUGUACUCUGACAAUGUAAAUUGGGAUUCCUAUCGUCUAAGAACAGACAGUGGUACAAAUAUUGUAGGUGCUCUAGAGGUGGAUAGCACUGAUCAUGUUGUCAAUGUAAUCAAAAUUUCUGUUGAGAAACUGUGUGAGGUUGGCAUCACUGCAGGUAAUAAUGGAGGAAGCUCUGUGAGCUUAUUAAAUCUGUCAUGGAAAGGUGUAGUUACCUUGCUCCAGCUCGGAAAGGGCUCUUUAGCAGUAAAGGUGGAUAUUGCAGCCACCAUUUUGAGCUUGAUUUCACUUGCUAAUAAUUGUUUGAGGAUUGCAGCUGAUGAGUGGUCAUCCCCUCAGAAAGAAACAGUGUCAUUUGUUGAAGCUAAAAGAAUAUUCCUUCCGGUUAAGUUUUAUCUAAUUAAUGCUGUGAGAAUUAUCUCCCAAUAUCCAACCCAAUCAUUUUCAGUUUUCAAAGAUAUUACGCUUUUUCUUGUAAAGGUGGCAACCUUUAAAAUCUUAUUGUGUAAUGAUGAACUCCUAAAAUUUGCAAGUGAAGCGAUGGUGGAAAUACUGGACCCUACAUCCUUGCAUAUUCUUAAUUCUUUCUUAAAUUCUGCUCAACUGCAACCAGAUCACAAGUUUCAACUUCUGGAUUGGAUGUUUGGGUUUAGAUGCGGAUGGGAUUCAGAUUAUGUUACUUCUUCCAGUGACAGUGAGAUGAAUUCAAUGAAUGCUAUUUUUUGCUCAAACUCUGAUGACAUGCAUAGUGGAAGAGCUCUGUUGCCCGGUCGAGUCAUUGUAUUUCUUACUUUACUGAAUAGUGCUCAAGAUAUUGACGAUGCUGUUAGAACAGUGAUAGCCAGAAAACUUGAUUGGUUAAUGGGCACAUUUGUAGAUGAUUAUAUAUAUUCUUUGGUUCUAGGCCUGCAAAUUCCUACAGUCUGUAGUUCAACUCAAAAGCAAGAAGUGAUUUAUGAGCCUAUAUUUCAUUCAGCACUCCAUGCACUGAAAACCUUCAUGAUAACUGGUUCUUCAAGUUCAGCCUGGUGUCAUAUAGAGCAUUUCCUGCUUGAGAAUAUUUUCCACCCCCACUUUCUCUGCCAUGAAAUUAUUACUGAACUUUGGUGUUUUAUGUGUCGCCAUGCCGAGAAGGAUAUAGUGCAUGACAUUAUUGACAAACUUUGCUCAUUAUUGCAGUAUUCUGCAUCUCCCGAAUCUGUAUUCAGUCCUCAUAGUGCACUGCGAAAAGUUGCAAGAUUUAUUUGCAGGCUUGUUAGUUCUGGCUCAGAAUCAAUGGCAGAUAAAAUCUAUACUUCAGUUGUGGGCAAUAGCAGAUCCCAUUGUUCAUCAAUUAUGUACUUAGCCCUGCUCAUGGAGGGAUUCUCUCUUGAUUUCCUUUCUAACAAACUGAAGAGUUCAGUCAAACAACAAAUAGUUGUUGAAUACUUUGAAUUUCUCGACACAUUUCAGGACAAAUUACCGAGAGAGUGUGGCUCUGAUGUUUAUGGUGCUCCGGUUUUUGCUUUAUCAGCUGUGCUACAAUCUCGUUUUGUCAGUAUAUCUGACACAGAGAUGAAGAGCCUAAAGUUCCUAGUAUCUGUGAUUCACAAAUACAAUAGCUCAAUGGACACCCUAGAAAGGGACGUUUAUAGAAGGCUUCUGAGUGAAACUCUAACUAUUGUCUCCAAGGUUAAGAAUCUGUACUCGUCAGAUGACAUGGAAGCAGUCGUCGUGGAGCUUCAGAGCCUUUUCAUUUCAAGCCCAUCAGACAGUCAAUUAUAUAUAUGCAAACCGAAUCUUUCAUCAUUCAUGGCCGGUCUUGGCUACAUGGAGUUGUCAAACAGUGAAGACACCACAAUGAACGUUGCUGUAAGGGAGCUAUACCACAUGCUACUACAAGAAAGGCAUUGGGCCUUUGCUCACUUGGCCAUUUCGGCUUUUGGGUUUUUCGCAGCCCGCACAAACUGUAACGAGCUAUGGAGAUACGUGCCCCCAGAUGCCGCACUGUCAUUCGAUUCGGACUUGGGAAACGAAGCGGGCGAGGAGAGGUUUAUGUCCGAGCUAAGAGUGUUUCUUGAGAAGGAAACAUCCUCGUCUUCGGAUGCGAAUUCGGUCCCAAAUCUCAGAAAGGAGGGACAACUGCUGAAAGAGACUGCGCGUUCAAAAACCAGACUGUGUGGCAUUGAAGCGACGAUGAUGGAGGUUGAUGACAAUGAGAAACAACACCACCAAAGCAGCAGGAAAAGGAAACUGCCAGAGGGAAUCAGCCAAGGAAUGGAACUGCUGCAGAGUGGGUUGAAGGUUAUGGGUGACAGUCUUUCGACACUGCACAACAACCAAUUCGACUCGAUCGAAACCCACGAAAAAUUCGUGAACCAAAUCUCUCAACUCAAAGAGGUGAUCACCAGCUUGGCUGGCUUAGCCAGGGCCUAACUCUCCUAUACUAUUAUACCCAGCUUGUGUUGUAUAUGAAUAUGACCUCUUAAUUAUCCUUGUCUUUGCACUCUGAGAUGUGACCAGAAAAUAGAGGACAGAAUGGUAUUUUCUUGUCCCUUGUAAUUAGGCGAGCUAUUAUGUGAAUAGGGGGAACUUGCAUGUUUUAUUCCCUACUUAAUUUGAGGUGUUGGCAUGCAAUGUCUUUCUAGUGAAAAAAAACUAGAGGUACCCAA